CCGCUGAGCAGGCAGCACCAUGUCAAUGUGACAGCUGAUCGGGUGAAUGAUGCACCACUAACCACAGCGGAAAAGAGGAGGGGGAAAUAAAAAGCAGAGCCACGGUUCUCUUCACUGGAUUGUGAGCAUUUGCCAGUCAGGAGCAGAUCAGUGGCAAGUGUAACGGGGAAUUGUAGCUGGAAGCAAGCAGUUUCCUCUCUUACUGUCAAAGGAAAAGGAUCUAUGUAUUGUACUCUGUAAUGUGCAAGCUCUCUGCAGCACAGGACUGUUCUUGAAAACCUUCAAAGGAGCUUAAUGAAUGCAAAGGCAAAGCAUUCACUAGAGCUUGUAGCUCAAGUAUGAAGGUGUCAAAGGACUGAGAGAGGACGAAAUACAAUCAUGGAAACCCAUAAUAAUAUAACUAAAAAUCUAGUGCAUCAUCUCCUGUAGAGAUUUCCACAUAAAUCAUCAUUCCUUAGCAUAUCAGUUCCAGUGUGCUAAGGUUACAGUGACAUUCAUAAAUGCAGCGUGCAUGAAAACUUUGGACAAGCAAUUUCAAAAAGUUCAAUAUUUCAGUCAAGGACAGCAUUCUGCUUAUGUGACUUUUGUGACGCCACAUUUGUGUAUAUAAAAUCUGUGAACAAACAUUGGCUAUAUGGUUACAAAUACUUAAAUUUUGGAAGGAUUCACUGCCUUUUUUGGGAAAUCAGGUCAAGAUGAGGGAUACUUCAUUUACUAUUCAUUUCCUUGCUGGACUUGCAAUGGCUGCCCUAAUAAAUGCUGUGGAGAAGAAAAUAGACUGUCCUGAACUGUGUAUAUGUGAAAUAAGGCCGUGGUUCUCACCAAAAUCCAUUUAUAUGGAAGCUCCGACAGUGGACUGUAAUGAUUUAGGACUUUUUGUUCUGCCAGAGAAAUUACCUGCUGACACACAAGUUUUACUGCUGCAAACGAACAACAUUACAAAAAUUGAGAAAUCUGUGGACUAUCUGAGCAACAUAACUGAGAUAGACUUAUCUCAAAACAAUAUAUCUUCGACAAGAGAUAUCAAUUUAGGACAGCUCCUUCAACUUUUGGCUCUGCACUUGGAAGAAAACAAGCUAAACAAACUGCCUGACAACUGUUUGCCUGCACUAUCCAAUCUUCAGGAACUGUACAUCAAUCAUAACUUGAUUUCAGCUAUUGCACCUGGGGCUUUUGUUGGACUUCGUAAUCUUCUCAGGCUUCAUCUUAAUUCAAACAGGUUGCAGAUGAUUAACAGCAAGUGGUUUGAGGCUAUUCCCAAGCUAGAGAUUUUAAAGAUUGGGGAGAAUCCAAUAAUCAGAAUCCAAGAUAUGAACUUUAAGCCGCUUAUCAACCUGCGCAGCCUGGUUUUAGCAAGAGCAAAUCUUACGGAAAUACCUGAUUAUGCUUUGGUAGGCCUUGAUAGCUUGGAAAGCAUCUCUUUUUAUGACAAUUUAUUUGUUAAAGUGCCCCACAUUGCUCUUCAGCAGGUUCACAGUCUAAAGUUUUUGGAUUUAAAUAAAAACCCUCUUGAGAGAAUACAGAGGGGAGACUUCAGGGAUAUGAUGCACUUGAAAGAAUUGGGAAUUAAUAACAUGCCUGAGUUAGUUUCCAUUGACAGUUUUGCUUUAAGCAACUUGCCAGAAUUAACAAAAAUAGAAGCCACAAAUAACCCCAGACUAUCGUUUAUUCAUCCCAAUGCAUUCUAUAAACUUCCAAGACUUGAAACACUGAUGCUCAACAGCAAUGCUUUAAGCGCCCUGUACCGGAUUACAAUAGAGUCUCUUCCUAACCUCAGAGAGAUCAGCAUGCAUAGUAAUCCGAUCAGAUGUGACUGCGUCAUUCGCUGGAUCAACAUGAAUAAAACUGCAGUUCGAUUUAUGGAGCCAGAUUCAUUGUUUUGUUCGGAACCACCAGAGUUACAAGGUCAGCAAGUUAGACAAGUACACUUCAGGGAGAUGAUGGAGAUUUGCCUCCCACUUAUUGCUCCAGAAAGCUUUCCUCUUCAGAUAAACACCAAUAAUGAAAGUUCCGUUUCAUUACACUGUAGGGCAUUUGCAGAACCAGAGCCAGAAAUCUAUUGGAUCAUUCCUUCUGGACAUAAAAUACUUCCCAACACAGUCUCUGAUAAAUACUACAUGCACCCCGAGGGAACCUUUGAAAUAUAUGGCAUUACAGAGCAUGAAGCAGGGCUGUACACGUGUGUUGCUCAUAAUCUUGUCGGUGCAGACUUGAAAUCUGUCCUGAUAAAAGUUGAUGGCUCUUUUCCUCCAUCUGACAAUGGAUCAUUAAAUGUAAAGGUGAAGAAUGUGCAAGCACAUUCAGUUUUAUUAUCAUGGAAAGUAUCUCAGAACCAGUUUGCCUCCAAUAUAAAAUGGUCCACUACAAUGAAGGUAAAUAGUCCAACUAUUGCAUAUACAGCUAGAGUGCCAUCUGAUGUCAAGAUAUACAACUUAACACAUCUAAACCCAUUAACAGAAUACGAAAUAUGUGUGGACGUUCCCAACAUUCAGAAACAGAAUUUCAAGAAAUGUGUCAAUGUGACAACGACAGGCUUAGACCUAGCAGUGCAGAUGAAGGGAAAAUGGAAUCACAAUGCAUUAAUUGCAACGCUGGGUGCAAUAAUGGGAGUAACUUUUCUUGCUAGCCUUCUAUUAUAUGUGGUUCUGAAGAGCAACUGUAUUUUUGGAAGCAGGUACUUGAGAAAUCAACAGUCAAAUAAGUCGACAGUUUCUAUUGACGACACCACGUAUUCCCCACUGACAAAUCUCUGGGUUUCCAGAAAAGAGGCGGGGGCAGCAGUAGAAGUGAAAGCUACGGUGAUAGACAUUUCGAACAAUUUCUUAUAAAGAAAUAAGAUGUUUUAAUUUUAUAUUUAAGGAAAGAUUAACUUUAAGAGUAUAAAGCACAAGACUCUACUGAAUGCGUGUGCUUAUGCAACUCUCAAAACAUCUUUCUUGAAGAUUUUAAUACAGAUACAUCUGGUUCACCUGUAAUGAUUAAGGAUUUCACUGGUUUCCGGUAUCAUUUUUCCUAAAAGGUGACAGAAAAUGAAAAGUCUCAGAAGCUACUGUUUGAAACAUUAUUUAUAAAAUCACUUAAUGUGAUAUUCCUGGUUACUUACCAUAUGAUAUGGUGCAAAUGGAAUAAAGGAAACAAGAAAGAUUUGUCUCUGUUACUGACUGUUAUAUAUGUAAAGAAUAGUGGAACUACCCUAGUGGUCCUGAGCAAUACCCUCUGUGCUGUAUUACGUACAUAGGCAAGUUAGAGUGCCAAAUGUGGUCUUUAUAAUGGCGAUAUAUCAGUAGAAUAUAGGAUAGCAGUGACUAUGAUGUGGAAAACAAAAGGUUUUUAUGAAAAAAUACAUUUUUUGAUUUAAAUAAAAA